UCGAAACAGUACGAGACAUGGCUAGAGAUGGCGAGGGACACGAUCAGACUGCGACCACGGCUGCUGAUGCUCUUUUAGGCAAACGGGGGCCUUAAAGCCAUACCAGACUAAGGACACCAACAACCAUAGCAACAAUUCCAACAAAGCUUUGCAACAGAAACCAAAUCUCGCUUGGCGAAUGUGAAGACUUCUUUGGACAAUCCUCAAACAGAUCAGAUAGAUGUGUUGUCCACAAGCUUGCACGAAUAGUAAUGAAUGCUCAGCUGACGAUGGAGAAUAUUGGCGAUCUGCACGGGGUGAGUCAUGAGCAGGUGCCAACUACGGCUGAUUUGAUGAACAGUAACAGCCCUCAUCACAGAAGCUCCGUAGCCCAUCGCAGCAACCACUUGUCAACCCACUCUCGCUCCAUGGGCAUGGCAUCCAUCCUUGACGGCAGCGACUAUCAUCACCAUCGGCCACCCGACCACGCUUUAACGGGACACCUGCACCCCGCCAUGACCAUGGCUUGUGAGGCGCCCCCGGGAAUGAGCAUGAGCAGCACCUACACCACUUUAACCCCUUUGCAGCCGCUACCUCCCAUCUCGACGGUCUCGGACAAGUUUCCUCAUCACCACCACCACCAUCAUCACCAUCAUCACCCCCACCAGCGCAUACCGGGAAAUGUGAGCGGCAGCUUCACCCUGAUGAGGGACGAUAGAGGUCUGGCUUCUAUGAACAAUCUUUAUGCUCCAUACCACAAGGAUGUCACCAGCAUGGGACAAAGCCUCUCUCCCUUGUCGGGGUCAGGGCUGGGAGCCAUUCACAACUCCCAGCAAGGUCUGCCUCCUUACGCUCAACCUGGCGCUACCAUGCCCAGCGAGAAGAUGCUGACACCAAACGGAUUUGAAGCCCACCACCCUGCUAUGCUGGCCAGGCACGGUGAUCAGCACAUGACAGCUUCCUCGGCUGGCAUGGUGCAUAUCAACGGGAUUCAUCACCAUCCCCAUGCCCAUCUCAAUGCCCAGAGCCACGGUCAGGUUUUAGGCUCCACCAGGGAACAAAAUUCAUCAUCAGUGCCUGGAUCGCAGGUCAAUAACGGAAACAAUUCAGGACAAAUUGAAGAAAUUAAUACCAAAGAAGUAGCCCAGAGGAUCACCACCGAGCUUAAAAGGUACAGCAUCCCGCAGGCCAUUUUCGCUCAGAGGGUGCUGUGUCGAUCGCAGGGGACCCUCUCUGACUUGCUAAGGAACCCCAAACCUUGGAGCAAGCUAAAAUCAGGCCGGGAGACUUUCAGAAGAAUGUGGAAGUGGCUCCAGGAGCCGGAAUUCCAGCGAAUGUCUGCUCUCAGGCUUGCAGCUUGCAAGAGAAAAGAACAAGAACAUGGCAAAGGAGACAGGGGAAGCGUGACCAAAAAACCCAGGUUGGUCUUCACAGAUGUCCAGCGUCGAACUCUCCAUGCAAUAUUCAAGGAAAACAAGCGUCCGUCCAAAGAAUUGCAAAUAACCAUUUCCCAGCAGCUGGGUUUGGAGCUCACCACUGUCAGCAACUUCUUCAUGAACGCCCGAAGGCGAAGCCUGGAUAAGUGGCAAGACGAUGGCAGUUCUAACUCAGCUAAUUCAUCUUCAUCAAGCACUUGUACCAAAGCAUGAAGGAAUAACCAUGAACUGAGCCUCGGUGGAAAAGCUUUAUAAAUUUAAAAAAAAAAAAAACUAAAAAUGAAUGAAACAAAGAAAGACAAACCAGGACCUCAAGAUAGCAGGUUGAUCCUUUUAAACUGUUUUCAAAUAAAAAAAAAGACAAUAUGAUAUUUAUAAUAUCCAAAGAAAAACCAAAGACUUCUUCCACCUGCAUUAAGACUUUGUUCUGCAACACACUUUAAUAGGAUUUCUUGCAAAAAAGACACUGGUCGUACACCUUCAUAUUCAUCAUCAUCCUCAUCAUCCCUCAACGUAUUUGGCUGUUAUGGCGGUCUGCAGCAUUGUGGUUCUCGUAAUUGAAUGGACAUUAUCCCAAAAUAUGAGCCAUUUUCUU